GGCGGGAAAAUACGGCCUUCCAACAGGUUGCGCGCUUUCGUCAUGCUGAGCGCAUUCCUGUGAGCUCAUGGGGCUUUUCGCAAGCCGCUUCUACGCGUAGCCUUGCAUCCGCUCUUUUCCCUCGUUUGUCCCGACUUCUUCUCUACUUCAUGGCCAUCUUUCGGACGCGCGCGCUGGGCCAGUGUGGGCUGCGCGGCACGCGCCGAGGGCUGCAUACAACACGUACACUUCCUCGUAGACCCAACGCUGCUACCCUUGGCCUUCGAUACGGCCCUCCAUGCCUUCUUGCGACCGCCACCGCUGGCUAUCUUUUCACACAACACUCGUGGUCUAUCAUUCGCCCCAUCCAUCUCGAUGCGCCCGCUGCAUGGUCAUCCCCAAAACCAUCUGAGCCAAAUCACGACGAGAGAAAAACCAAAACAACCUCCACGGAAGAAGCCGAAGAUCUAAUCAACAAACAACACGAUGGCAAACCAGGAGACCAAGAUGCUCCACCUCAAUCGCGCGUUGCAAAGGGCUAUAGUGGAGAGGAUGAACAUGCUGGAGACAAACAGUCGGCCUGGCAGACGAUAACAAGCAAAUUCCCGAGUGCCCCUCCAUCAGCUUCCUCAAUUGGAGACACCAUUAUCGAUUACGUGGUUCCAAACUGGGUCAAGGUACUACCUGGCUUCAUCCGCAAACUGCAGAAUGAGCUGUCAAUGGCACCAGGCUCCCUGGCAGAAGAGAUUUGGUACGAAGCGAACGACCCAGAGGUCAAUCCGGAGAUAACCUGGGACGCUUCUGUGAGAGUGUCCGACGAGCUGUGUCAGGAGGAGAAGGCUUUCCUGCAGAAUAGGGCGCAAUUCACCAAAGCAGCACUUGCGCGUUACCUUGAUAUUCCGGAAGCUACCAUCCACCCUGAUGAUGUCCCAGUCAUUGCCAUGUGUGGAUCUGGUGGAGGGCUACGCGCUCUUGUUGCCGGCUCAUCAUCGUACCUUUCUUCCAAGGAGCAGGGGCUCUUUGACUGCGUCACAUACACCGCAGGUGUUAGUGGGAGCUGCUGGCUUCAGACGCUCUACUACUCGGAUGUUACGAAACGCAGCCAUGCUGAACUGAUCCGACACCUGAAGAACAGGCUCGGCGUGCACAUUGCUUUCCCUCCCGAUGCACUAGAACUCCUGGUCAGUGCACCGACGAACAAGUACCUGCUCAGCGGACUGGUCGAAAAAGCCAAGGGUAUCCCUGAUGCCGACUUCGGUAUUGUGGACAUCUACGGCGCACUCCUCGCAGCCCGGUUACUUGUUCCCAAAGGCGCCCUAUCUGUUAGCGGCUACGACUUCAAGGUCUCCAACCAGCGACGGUAUACAGACGACGGUUCAAAUCCUCUCCCCAUUUACACCGCGGUACGACACGAGAUUCCGCUCACUGAACAAUCCGACACUACAGAUGUCAUUGCUGCGGAAGCGAAAGCAAGAAGAGAAGCAUGGUUCCAAUGGUUUGAAUUCACACCCUAUGAGAUGUGGUGUGAGGAACUGUCAGCCGGUAUACCCACAUGGGCAAUGGGCCGUCGAUUCGAGAACGGACGCACAGUCUGGCGAGAGAACGGCCUGGCUCUACCUGAAGUGCGCGUCCCUCUCCUCAUGGGCAUCUGGGGAUCGGCCUUUUGUGCAACGCUAUCUCAUUACUACAGAGAGGUUCAACCUCUCAUGAGGAGCCUGGCAGGCCUGGGUAGCAUCGACGCCAUGAUAUCCGAGCGCGAUGACGAUCUUGUCAAAGUGCAUCCUAUCGAUCCAGCCUCAAUUCCAAACUUCGCCCUCGGCAUGCGCGAAUUUCUGCCUGCUUCAUGUCCGGAGAGUAUCUUCGAACAGAAGAACUUUCAGUUCAUGGACGCCGGCAUGUCGAACAACCUUCCUAUUUACCCCUUGUUACGGCCUGGGCGUAACGUCGACAUCCUCGUUGCCUUUGACGCUUCUGCAGAUGUUCGAACCGACAAUUGGCUCAAAGUGGCCGACGGCUAUGCCCGCCAGCGUGGAAUCAGAGGUUGGCCCGUAGGCGCAGGCUGGCCUCCCGCAGAGGAAACAAUGGAAGAACUCCAACAAGACCUCGACAAAGCCGAAGCCAAGACCGAACAAGAAGUCCAGACCAAAAUGGACGAAGCCAAAUCGCAAGACGCAGCAGAGAAGAAGAAGACCAAGAAAAAGGACCUAGGAUUCUGCAACAUCUGGGUCGGCUCCACGCAAGAGCGCACAAGCGAAUCCGAUCCUCCCGAGAGCAAGCUCGUCGAGGAAGACUGGGAACUCAUGCACCCUUCCUCUGGCAUAACAGUCAUCUACUUCCCUUUCCUCGCCAACCCGAAGGUGCCCGGCGUCGACCCUAGAACGUCGGAUUACAUGUCGACGUGGAAUUUCGUUUAUACCCCCGAGCAGAUCGAUAGCGUGGUUGAUCUUGCGCGUACUAAUUUCCAGGAAGGUGCCGAGCGGACGAAGCGCACGGUUCGCGCCGUGUAUGAGCGCAAGAAGGCGCAGCGAGAGCAGAGGGACAAGGAUGAAAAGGAGAGGAGGUGGCAUUGGAAACUGAGCCAGGGAAGGACGGCGGGGAGGAGGAUCGGGGAGUGUGAGCAUGGGGAUCAGUUUAGCUAGGUUUUGUAUGGCAUACGGAGUUUGGGUGGGAGUUGGAGUCGAGCGAGCGAGGCGGACAUCACAUAGACGCAUUAUACCCAAUUGGAUCGAGAAUGAAAGCUUAUGAACGUUGAUUGCGUGUAUUUCGCUAGCUCAGAGCAGUUGUGAUGUAAUAAUGUAUCUCUUUGAAAGAAGAUAUGAUUUGACAGAUUUGCGGAAGUGCGG